AUGUCAGAAGAAGAGGAGCGUAAGGUCGCCCAUAGAAGAACGGUUGAUCAUGGCAAUCCCAUGGGAAGAUGGCACAUAUUGCGAUCGUUAGGAGUUACAAAGCCGAACAAAAAGUUUCAACACUUGGGGAUAGUUCGACCAGAAUCCUCUUAUUUGAUAGAUCUUUUGCCUCCUAAAGCGUAUCCUCGUUAUCCGGCCGUCAAUUUACCUGGUAAGUUUGUGCAUUUGAGUGCUAACAAAGCCAAGCAUGCUAUUCAGGCCAUUUCGUGGACUCCAGAAGGUCGUAGAGUCCUGUCGGGAAGUAAUAGUGGUGAGUUCACACUAUGGAACGGUAUGACCUUCAAUUUUGAAACUAUCAUGCAAGCACAUGAGAGUGCCAUCACAGCUAUAAAAUAUUCAUACAAUAAAGAAUGGCUGCUUAGUGCAGAUCAAGAUGGGACCAUCAAGUAUUGGCAGCCUAAUUUUAACAAUGUCAACAUUAUCAAAGGUGCCCAUUCUGAUGCUAUCAGAGAUGUUUGUUUCAGUCCAAAUGAUUCCAAAUUUGUCAGUUGUUCAGAUGACAAUACGCUGAAAAUAUGGAACUUCAACAAUGGGCUACAAGAAUCCGUUUUGGCUGGCCACCAUUGGGACGUUAAAUCCUGUGACUGGCAUCCUGACCUAGGACUGAUUGUCAGUGGCUCAAAAGACAACCUACUUAAACUAUGGGACCCAAGAACAAGUCCCGGAAAAUGCAUAGCUACACUUCAUGGUUUCAAGCAUACGAUUACAGCAACAAGGUUUCAAAAUACAGAGUCGUCCACGAAAAGAUUACUGGCGAGCGGUGGAAGAGAUAGGUCAAUCCGUGUAUUCGACCUGCGGAAAAUGAACGACGUCUACGUCAACAAAUCCCAUGAGUCUGACGUUUCAUGUAUUUCGUGGAACCCCAUCCAUGGUAACCUUUUGACCAGCGGAGGGUACGACGGUUCAAUGAAUUAUUAUCUUCUGGAUGAUACCCUCCGUGGGCAAGAAGAGCAAAACAUGGAAUUUUAUCACAAAAUUCCCUAUGCACAUGAAAAAUCUGUUAACUGUAUCGAGUACCAUCCCUUAGGCCAUUUGCUGGCAACAGCAGGAACAGAUCGUAGUGUAAGAUUCUGGUGUCGAAACAGACCCAAUGACCCUUACGCUUUCAAAGACACUACUUAUACUAAUGAGAAGUCUGGAACAACCUGGUACUACGAGUUGGACAGCCAGGGGCAGCCAACGGAAGAAAGGAAGGAUGCACCAACUCAAAACAGGAUGGAAUCUUUGCCUGGUUUAGGUCAAGGCCAAUGGGGGCAAUAA